CAUGGCGGCGACUGAGAUGUGGCUAUAAGCAAGUGGACAGCUGCUAAUGCCAGGCUCUAGAACUGAAUUGAAACUUAAACUUUGAGAAUUUCAUGUCAGUUCAAAGACGAGUUAUUCGCAAAAGUUUGGCGAAUUCGCUGACACUUCGCAUGAAGCCGUUUCCCGUUUCUCUCAGCCACAGGGACAACGGUAAUGGAAGACGAGGAGAGGCUAAAGAAGCUCGAGGCCGGCAAAGCAAAGUUGGCUGAGUACCGGCAGAGGAAAGCACAUGCGGAUGGACAGAAGAUGCAGAAGAAGAAGAAGAAAAGGAGGAAAGGGCCGGAGGACUCUGAGGGAGAUGGCCAAGGGGCCGGAGAGGCGGAGCAUGAUCAAUCUCUGGUGGAAGAAGUCCCUGGAGGCGGAGGAGGCGGAGGAGAGGAAGGGGACCAGGCACCGACCAGAACGGAGUACAGCUUUGCCAGGACCCUGCGCAGCGGAGAGACGGUCAAACAUGAUCAAACGUACACCAUAGAGCCUGAGAGUGAGUUGUCCACCACAGCUGAAGACUAUUCGUCUGAGGUAAACGGAUGCCAUGAGACGACUGAGAUCCCAAUGCAGUCCUACACGGAGUUUAUCUGGGAGGAAGUGGACCCUCUGCAGAAGGAGGGAAAGGAAGGACGUGUCCAGGACGUGGAGGAUGAACUGGCAGCCAAAAGCCGGGCGGUGGAGGAGCUGAGAGGAGAACUGGAGGAGGUCCGGUCUGCCUUCGAAGGGGUACAGCAGCUGCAGGACUUUGAAGCGGCUCUGAAACAGCGGGACAGCAUCAUCACCCAGCUCACAGCCAAUCUCCAACAGGCUCGGGAGGAGAAGGCCGAGAUAAUGAGAGAGUUCCUGGAGAUGACUGAGCAGAGCCAGAAACUGCAAAUUCAGUUCCAGCAGCUUCAGGCCGGAGAGAUGUUGCGUAACAGCAGCCACAGCAGCGCGGCAGCCGACCUCCUGCAGGCCAGGCAGCAGCUACUCCUCUGCCAACAGCAGGCGGACGACAUGGCCGCCAAGGUCAAAGGUCACGAGGAAAGAAGCGCGGAGCAGCUUCUGAUGGUCACUCAGCUCCAACACCGCCUCAGCGAAGCCGAGAUGGUUGAGAGGAGAACAGAAGAAUCUUUUGCACAAAGGCUAAAUGAAAAAGACCUGCUGAUUGCUGAACAAGAAAUAAUGAUGUUGGGACAUGAGCGUGCCCUUGCCCAGCUUAAAGAGGAGCUAGCACUCUCGGGCUGCGGGCAGGAAUCGUUUACCCAAAGGGCGAAUGAAAAAGACUUGAUGAUUACUGAACAAACUGCAAUAAUUACAGGGUAUAAGCAUACACUGGCACAUCUCAAGGAGGAACUUGAGCUGGUAGGAAGGAGGGAGGAGGAAUCCCACGCACAGAGGCUACGAGAGAAAGACCUGCUGAUUGCGGCGCGAGAAAAAGGCAUGUUGGAAAGUGAUCACUUACUGGCCCAGCUCAGAGGAGAAGUGGCGGUCUCAGAAACACAACUGAAUGACCUCAGACAGCACAUGACUGUAAAAUCCCAAGAGCUGGAAAGUUGCAAGGCUCAAUUGGACAGCUCCAAGGUGGAACUGGAAAGCUACAAAACUCAAUUGGACAGCUCCAAGGUGGAACUGGAAAGCUCCAAGGUGGAUCUGGAAAGCUGCAAAGCGGAGCUGUCAAGUUCCAGACAGAAGGAGCGGAUGUCGUCCGGUGAGAUCCAGCAGCUGAUGGGGACCGUGGAGAACCUCCAGAAGCGAUGCCACCAGGGGAGCCUGUCUGACAGCGAGUCACUCCAGAGGACGGACGCAUCCUCCGGGAAGCUGGAGCAUCUCCGUGCCGAGCUUGACGAGAUGUACGGCCAGCAGAUCGUCCAGAUGAAGCAGGAGCUUCGCUCGCAGCACUCGGCGCAGAUCGACCGCCUGACGGAGCAGCAUCGCGCAGAGCUGGAGACGCUGAAGGCCGCUCCCAUCCCCGGUCCGAGCCCCGAGGCGGUGGCCGAGCUGGACGGCAGGAUCGCGGAGCUCCAGGAGAGGCUUUGGGAGGCCCGGGCGCUGCAGGAGAGAGACAGCCGCGAGCUGAACCAGGUUGCCCAGGACAAACUCCACCUCCAAGGCCAGGUGAGGGACCUGCUCAGGGACCUGCGCUCGUCCAGGGCGGAGCAAGAGUCCCUGAGCGCCGCCUCGCAGGAGAAACUCGACGGCGAGCUGAGGAGACUCCGGGAAACCAUCGACGGGCUGAAGGCGCAGCUGGUCGCCGCCGGGGAGGCGUCCGAGGAAGCGGAGGUGAAGCACGAAUCGGAGACGACGAACUACAAGAUCAAGCUGGAGAUGAUGGAGCGGGAGAAGGACGCGGUGCUGGACCGCAUGGCCCAGUCCCAGGAGGCGGAGCUGGACAGGCUGAGGACGCAGCUCCUCUUCAGCCACGAGGAGGAGCUCACCCUCCUGAGGGAGGACCUCCAGAGGGAGAGCCGCCUCAACGCGGAGAACCUUCUGAACGAGGCGGCCGUCAAGCACGAGCGGGCGUCGGAGCUGACGCGGAGCGGCUACGAGAAUAGGCUGCGCUCGAUGGAGGGGGAGCGGGCAGCGUCUGCCUUGGAGCGGGACGAGCUGAUGCACCAGAUCGUGGCGCUGAAAGAAGACUUGAAACUCGCUCUGCAUAGCUCCAGAGCCGAUGAGCUGCUGGAUCAGCAGAGGGAGCUGCAGGUGGAGGUGGAGGAGCUGAGAAAGGGAGGAGAGGAACGAGUUCGGUUGGAGAGGGAGGUCCAGAAAGUGCUCAGGAACUACGAACUGCUGGAAAACCAAAUCAAGGAGAAAGAAACGGGCUGGGGUGAAAAAUGGAAAGCGCAGGAAUCCGAGAAGAUGAUUUUGAGACGGAACAAUGAAGCCUUAAAAGAGGAGGUGGAGUCACAAAAUAAAACGAUUAAGUCUCUUACAUCAGAAAACGAACAAAGGCAGCAACAGGUCGUUGAGCUCAGAGGGGAGGUCGAAAAACAAAAGAGUACUUUCUCUUUUGCUGAAAAAAACUUUGAAGUUAACUACCAGGAGCUGAAGGAGGAGUACUCUUGCCUGAUUGAGGUGAAGGCACAGAUGGAAAAAAUUCGACUAAAAGAGACACUCGACUUCGAAGCAAAAAUCCAAAGCCUCGAGUUACAAAAUUUGGAGGUUAAAGAGCACCGUGAAGUGGAACACAUCUCUGCAGGGGACUCUGCACUUACGGAGAAAGAUGCUACUGAAGUGAUGGAGAAGCUUGAGGUUGCCCUGAGUGAGAAAGACAGCCUGACCGCCAGGCUGUCUGAGGUUACUGAGAGUCUGUUUGUUACACAGAGGGAGGCAGAGCAGCUAGAGGCAGAGCUGACACAGGUCAGGACUGAGAACAAGGAGGUCAUCUCCCGAAACGAAAACCUGGAGGGAGAACUGAAAAGAGAGCGAGAGACCUCAAAGAAAAGGGAGAGCGAAUUAAAAAUGGACAGACGGGCGUCGAGAGCUGCUCAGAGUGAGAGCUCCGAGCCACGGAACGCAGCGCAGUCUCCAGCUUGCGCCGUCCAGGAUCACACCCUCCAGAUCACGUCUCUCCGGGACCAGGUGGAGGGGCUGCGCUCCUCGUUACAGAAAGCCGAAAAGGAGCGCGACUACCUCCGGUCCGCCCGCGAGCUCCAGGGCCAAGUGGGAGCCUCCAAGCCAGCGGCGGCGGAGGCGAAGGUCCAGAAGACCAGGGAGGGACCUGCAGAACGCGACCCCUCAUCGAAGCCCUCGGGGUCAAGCAGGCGCAGGAGACGGCAGAGGGGGAAGCAGGAUCGCCACAGCUCAGCCCAGGCAGGAGAGAGAGCCGAGAGAAAGGAGGAGGAGGUGGAGGAGGAGGAGGAGGGGGCUGGGGCGUGCGAGGGAGAACAGGCUGGAAGCGCUGCAGAGCGGGAGACACAGGCUCAGAUGGAGAGCCUGGUUGAGACGCGCUCGCGGCAGAGGGUCAGGGAGGAAGACGCCGCAGAUGGGUGCCACGACAACGACGUAGAGAACAAGGAGCAGAGGAGCAGAGGGGUGGAGCCAGCGCCCGACGCUGUAGCCCAGCAACGAGAGGCGAGGAUGGAGUCUACAGAGCAUACGGAGUGUAAGCUGCAGCUGGAGGCCCAGCGCAUCAGCCUGUCUCAGAUCCAUGCUGCCCAGCUGGAGCUGCUUCGAGAGCAGGCGGCCGCCCACUCACACACCCUGGUUCAGGGGCAGGGGCAGGCCCGCCUGGAGGAACACAGAGGCACCGGCGCCCCCGAGCUGGCCCGGGCGCCCCCCGCCCAGGGCCCGGGCGGACUGGAGGUGGAGCUGCAGAAGCAGCGGGCUGAGCUGGAGGAGAGGCACAAGCAGGAGGUGGAGCGUCUCCGGUCCUCCCACCGUCAGCAGGCGGAGGAGAGUGAGCGGCGUCACGCCACAGAGCUCAUGGUGCUGCGACAGCGCCUGCAUGAGGACCCCGGCACCCAGAUCAGCCUGACCAGUGUUCCCCAGCUCACAUCUCAGAGGGAGCAAGAGGAGAAAGAACUAAAGCUGCUGGAGGAGGAGGAGCACCAGGAGGAGGAGCACCAGGAGGAGGAGCACCAGGAGGAGGGGAGCCCGGGCGAGGGGCUGGCCUGGCCGGCCAGGUCCGCGGAUCUGACGGCUCAGCUGCAGUCUCUGAGGAGAGCGCUCUACCACAAGUACACGCAGGAGGUGUCGGCUCUCAGGGAGCAGCACAGCGCAGAGAUCCGGAGGCUGAGCCUGGAGAGGGAGCAGGGAGGGAGGAAGGGAGCGGGAGAGGAGGGAGAGGAGGGAGAGGGGGAAGCGUUGUCGAAGGAGGAGGAGGAACGGCUCAACGGCGAGGAGAGGCGCCACCAGGAGAGAGUGGAGGAGGAGAUCGCCAAGGUCAUAGUUAAGAUGUCCGUGGAGUUCGCCCAGCAGAGCGAGCUGGCCCGCAUGGCCAGGCGAGCGGGAGAGACCUCCUCCGCCGUGCAGACCCAGUCUGAGGAGGAGGAGGAGGAAGAGGGGAUGCCCCCUCCGAGGCCCCCCACACAGGGAGCAGCGCUAGAGGAGGUGGAGAGAAGGUUCCGGAAGCAGAAGGAGAAACUGGAGAAGGAGCUGGAGGAGAAGAAUAAAGCCCUUCACAGACUGAUGGAGCAGGUGGAACAUUCUGGAGGAAGAGAAGAACAGAAGAGAGGAGAGGCGGAGGAAGAAGAGGGGGAUGAAGAGGAGGGAAAGGAGAAGAGGGCUCUGGGGGAGCGGUCACACGAUGGUGGAGAGUCGACCUGCUCUGAUGUCAUCACCACUGAGAGGAACCUCCUGCGGAAGGCCAACGCGAGCCUCCGCCAGGUGCUGCGCGAUGUGCUGAAGACGACAGCGGCGGCCGAGGAAACCAUUGGGCGCCACGUGGAGGGGCUACUGGAGGCCUCUACCAGGGGGCGCCACCCUCCACCACAGAGGCCCGAGAGAGCAGAUGUCUCCACGGAGAGUUGCCAUGGCAGCGAGACCAGGGGGGACGACGCGAGCGUGUGGUCCGGUGAGACGGACGAGGGCCUGGAGGUGUCCGACAGCCUGCUGCAGGGGGCGGAGCUUCAGAAUGAGGAGUACCUCAUGAAUAUUAGCGCCCGCCUCCAAGCGGCCGUGGAGAAGCUUCUGGUGGCCAUCACCGAAACCACCAAUCAGCUGGAGCAUGCCCGUCUCACCCAGACUGAGCUGAUGCGAGAGUCCUUCAGACACAGCCAGGAGAUGGGGGACCUGCUGCAGAGGCAGGAGGAGCUGCAGGAGAGGCUGGGGGAGGAGGCUCGCGCCAGAGAGCAGCUGGCCCUGGAGCUACACCGGGCAGAGGGUCUGAUAGACGGCUACACAGGUGAGCGGGCAGCGCAGGAGCAGCAGUUACGUCACAAGGAGGAGCUCCACCUGAGCCUGGAGCAAGAGCUGCAGGUGACGAGCAGCCGCCUUCGCGAGCUGGAGCAGGAGAGGCUGCUGGCUCAGCAGGAACGGGAGCUGCUGUCACGGCAACAGGACGCCAUGAGGGAGACGGCCGGGCCCCGAGAGAUGUGCCUAGUUGAAGCUGCAGGGGUAGCUGCACCUGAAGCAGAUCUCCUGGAGGAGACGGAGAAACUGAUGAAGGAGAAGGUGGAGGUGCAGCGGCAGGCCGAGAAGGAGAGCCUGGAUCUGCUGAAGCAGGUGAAGCUGCUGGAGGGUGAGCUGGAGGAGCAGGUGAACAAGGCCAUCGAGCUGGACCACGCUCAGAAGACGGAGAACGGAGACCUGAGGCAGCAGAUCCAAGCCCUGGAGAAGCAACUGGAGAAAAACAGAAAGUUUCUCGACGAACAGGCGGUCGAUCGGGAACACGAAAGAGACGUCUUCCAGCAGGAGAUCCUGAAACUGGAACAGCAGCUGAAGAACCCUCAGAAGCUGCAGGCCGGCUCGGAACAGAGAACCAGAGAGGUGGAUCAGCUGACCUCCCAGCUGAAGCAGAAGGCUGACUGGUGCAGCGAGCUGCUGCUGAGCUCUGAGCAGCUGCAGCGAGAAGUCAGCGAGCGCAACGAGGAGAUCGACAAGCUGGAGGGCCGUGUCCGCGAGCUGGAGCAGGCGCUGCUGACCAGCACAGAGACACUGGACACGACGGAGGAGAAGAGGCAGCAUGUGUCUGUCGAGGCCGAGGACCCUCCUCUGGAGGCCCAGCUGCAGGACCCUCCUCUGGAGGCCCAGCUGCAGACCGAGAGGGAGGCGUUGGACAGGAAGGAGAAAGAGAUCGCCAACCUGGAGGAGCAGCUGGAGCAGUUCAGGGAGGAGCUGGAGAACAAGAGCGAGGAGACUCACCAGCUCCAGAUGCAGCUGCAGAUCCAGAGGAAGGAGAUCAGCACCCAGCAGGACACCCUGGACGUCAAGCACAACCUGAUCAGGGUUUUGGAGGAGAGGGACAGGGAAAUAGAUGUUCUUAAUGAACAGAUCGCUAAGCUUCAACACGCGGAAACAGCAUCUGAUAACAAGGACAUCAACGAGAAGGACGAGUUGAUCCGGGAGCUGGAGUCUCGGGUGGAGUUCAUGCGGAACGAACGGGAUCGUCUGAAGAGGAACAGCGAGGAGGAGUUGUACCAGCUCAACGCCGUCAUCGAAAAACUCCAGGAGGAGCUCGCUAACAUCGAGCAGAAACAGGCGGCGGAGGAGGAGGACGAGGAGGAGCCGCCGCGUCCAGAGAGCCAGACGGGAGGACCCAGCAGGGACGAGUACGACAAAAUGAAGCAGAGGGUGGACCUGGCCACCCACGAGCUCGUCACGCUCAAAGCGGAGCACGGCUCCCUCUUGGACACGUACCUGCGCUUGAAGGAGAGCGCCUUGGCUUUGGCGGAGUCAGAAAAGCUGGACGAGGCCUUGGAGUCGGAUUUCGAAGACGCUCUGAGGGAGAAGACGGCCGCCUUUUUGGUGAUGCAGGCCCAGGUCCAGGCCCUGGAGCAGAGCGCCACCUCCAGGGUGGAGGAGUUGAGCCGCCGCGUCCAGGACCUGGAGGGUCUGGUCGGGGAGAGGGACUCGGAGCUGGCCCGCUGUCGUUUCCUGGUGGAGAAGGCCCAGGAAGAUGCCGAUGAGCUCCAGCACAAGGUCUCCAACCUGGAGGACAAGCUCAGGGACAGGGUUGCCGCGACGCUGGUCAGCCAGGCCCAACUGGGGGCCGUCCAGCAGCAGUCCCACGCCUCCAAGGACCAGGGAUCCAACGAGACGGACCUGGAUACCCAGAGAGAGUCCGAGGCAGCGGCCCACGACUUCGGGUUCCCGGGGAUCCCCAAGAUGGACUUCGGCGUGCUGGGCGUAGCCAAACGGGGUCCGGCCGGGAAGGUGGUGCUUCUGACAGAGAAGCUAAGGGAGCUGGAGGUGGGGCUCAGCAGCAUGCAGAGGGACCAGGAGCUGCAGAAACAGCUGCUGUCCAGCUCGGAGGUGGAGGUGAUGGAGUACGAGAGGAGGCUGGCCACGCUCAUGGAUCUGCUCAACCAGAUGAAGCCGGCCGGGCACCUGAGGACCAGCCUGCAGGCAGGGGCAUCGUCCACCAGCGACACCUCAGUGUCCAACGUUCUCCAAGAGCUACAGGAAGUGAGAGAGGAAGCUGCCGUUACCAGGCAACAGCUGAGCAACUUCAAGGAGAGCAGCAGCAGACUUCAGGAAGAGCUCAAGGCAAAAGAGAUCGCUGUAGCAAAGCUCCAAGAAGACCUUCAAAGGGCGUUGGCUAGAGGCGCUGAGGACGCCAAGAUGGCCGAGAUGCGGCGAGAGCUGAGGGACUUCAAACAGGAGGCCUCCGCCGCCAAAGAGGAGCUAAGCAGCUGCAAGGAGCGCUGUGACAAACUCCAGGAGCUGCUUCAGGAGAGAGAGAUGGCCAUCGCACAUCUCAAGGGUGAACUUCACCAGGCAUCGUCGGAGGGCUUGGGGCCUGAGAGGUCCGAACUCCUCCAGGAGCUCCAGGACGUCCGAGACGAGGCGGCCUCCACCAAGGAGCAGCUCACCAGCUUCAGGGAGAGUACGGACGAGCUCCAGGGUGAACUCCAAGCCCGCGACCUGUCCAUCGCACAGCUCCAGGAGGAGGUGCGCAAGCUGGGAGCAGCCUUGGCCAAGGCGGACGUGCCUCCCUCACCGUCCCCGUCGCCUCAGCCCCUCUCCUCCUCCGCCGCCUCCUCUUCCUCCCAACCCAAGAAGAAAGGAGGGAAGCAAGGGAGCAGGAAAGCUGGAGACGUCAAAGACAAGCAAACCCUCGUGAGGAAGAGCUCCGCUCCCUCCUCCUCUUCCCCCUCCGAGAAACCUCGGACGCCCCCGCUGAACAACGGCUCCGAACGGCCGCGCUCCCCGACCGCGGACUCGUCCACGCAGACGGAGCCAUCGCCGCGGGCGCCCGGCCGGCGUGCGGACGAGGAGGCGGAGGGGGCGUGGGAGGUCGUCAGGGAGUACCAGGAGAAGAUCGGCCAGAUGCUGGAGCUGCACGCGGCCGAGAUCCUGGACAUGGAGGCGCGGCACAUCGCGGAGAGCGAGGCGCUGAGGAGGGAGAGCGAGGCGCUGAGGAGGGAGGGACAGCACACGGAGGAGGAGUGCAGGGCUCUCAAGGCCGUCAUCGAUAAACUGUGCUCCAGCGAGGCCGCUUCAUCCAGACCCGAGCGUCCUGCAGCAUCACAUCUCAAGGACGGCUACACCAGUGACAGCAGCUCAGACUGGAGCCAGAGGACAGGGUACGACCUCCCUAACCUGCAGCAGGAGUUCAGGAGCACCCCAGAAGGAGCCAGGAGGGAGACGGACGACGCCCUCCCGGAUAGAAUCAAGACUCUUCUCCGGGAGGUUCACCAGGAGGGCAUGCAGGUCCUCUCCCUGUCGGAGCUGCCGGCGGGGGAGGCUGAGGCCGGCCCUGCGGGCCUCCACGGCCAGGGCUGGGCCAGGGAGAGGGAGGCUCUGGUGGCCACCGUAGACUCCCUCAAAAACCUCCUCACCCAAAUGAACAGAGACACACAGACCUCAGGGGGGGGUGACUGGCGUGCGGAGCUGCUGGGGGCGGUGCAGCAGGUGUUUGUGAGGGAGCGCAGCGUGCUGAAGAGCGCCCUCUACGCCCGCCUGGACCUGCUGGACACCAGCGACGCCAUCAUCCACCUCAACCAGCUGGAGCGCCGGCUAGCCGAGCAGGACUCCCACCAUAGGGAAGCGAUGGGGAACCUCUACGCUGCUGAUCGGAGCAGUCUGCUGUCAGAGGUCCAGCAGCUUCGUGCUCAGAUGGAACACUUGCAAACACCGGACCCCAGCCUCAGAGACACCCCCAGCCAAGGUGUCCAGUCUGGUGUUGAGGCAGGUUCUCCAGAGCCCAGGGGGAGAAGUGUCCCCCAGGGGGGUGCUGGAGGCCCUCCGGAGGCCCCCCAGAUGGGCAGGGCACCCCAAAGGGGGGGUGGGGGUCCCCUGGAGCCCCCCCAGGCAGACAGGGGGCUCCUGGAGGAGCUGAGAGGAGAGCUGGCUCAGACCAAGCUGGAGCUGGAGACCACACUGAAGGCUCAGCACAAACACCUGACAGACCUGGACAUGCUGAGGGCGGAGGUGUCUCAGAAGGCCUCCGAGGUGGACUCCCUUACAGACCGCCUGUCAGACGAGCAGAAGAAGACCAGGGAGCAGCAGUGGGCCUUGGAGAAGGAGAGGUGUAAAUCUGACAGGAGGGAGGAGACGGGAAGAGAGGAGCUGGAGGACCUCAAACUGACCGUGGAGGACCUGCAGAGCCAGGUGGCCCAGCUGACCUCGGGCCUGGACCAGGAGCGGCAGGCCGCCUCCAAGCUCUCCCUCCAGGCCCAGCAGGAGGGCCUCAGCCUGCACAGCCGUCUGUCAGAGCUCCAGGUUCAACUGGAGUCGGAGCGAGCCCGGGCCCAGGAGCUGAGCAGCGCCCUGGGGAGGGAGAAGGAGAUGCGCCGGGGCGGAGGUCAGCCCCAGGAGGGGGAGGAGGGGGAGGAGGGGGAGGAGGGGGUGAGGUCGGCUGAAGCUGUUCUGGACAGUCUGCAGAGGGAGCUGGAUGAGAAGCAUGCACAGGUGGUGCGUCUGCUUGGGGAGGUGGAGACCCACAAGCUGGAGGCGGUCCGUCGUCAGGAGGUGCUCACCUCCACAGGUCAGAGGUCACAGCAGGACCAGGAGGCUCUGCAGGCCGGCCGCGCCCAGCUCCAGGAUCUGCAGGAGGCCCUGCAGGAGACGCAGGCCCAGCUGAGGAAGGAGGCGCAGAGGAGCAAGGCUCUGGAACAGGAGAAGGAGAGGCUGGAGGAGAGAGUGGCCCGUCUGGGGGAGGCGGGGGAGACGGCGGGGAGAGGGACGCAGGGAGCAGAUGGCCAGAACCAGCCCAGCGUGUGGACAGAGCCCACAGACAGGACCAGGGACUGGGUGUUCCAUCAGAAGAGCACCGACACUCAGACCGCCAUGUCCGGCACGCCCUCCCUCCACGAGCCCACUGGGUCGGGGGUCACCACCGCGCCCCUCGACCCCAGAUCCUCCACGGACAUGGUCAUGGGGAAACUGCAGCUCAUCGCCGGCAGGAUCCGGGCUCUGGCCUCAAAGGCACCUGACAGGCUGACCACAGAGGUGGACAGAGAGGAGCUAACCUGGCUCCAGUCCAACGUUGAUGAGGUCAUCAGCAUGCUGCAGCGGUUCCUGGGACUCCCGCCCGCCCCUGAGAGCGCCGCCCUGCUGGCUGGAGGCUCCCUGACGGAGCGCCUGCUGAGGCAGAACGCCGAGCUCACGGGCUUCGUCAGCCGGCUGACGGAGGAGAAGAACGAGCUGCGGAACCAGACGCUGCGGCUGGAGGAGGAGCUGAGGCGCUACCGGCACGCCGGCCUGGGCGGCGGGCUCAGCCUCGGCAGCAGGAGGGGCGUGGCAGGCGGGGACACGGCGGGCGCCCUGUUCUCCCAGGAGCGGGAGGCGUGGGGCCGGGAGAGGAGCCGGCUGGAGAAGGGGCUCCGCGCGGCCCAGGCUGAGCUCUCUCGUCUCCGGGGGGAGCUCAGGACGGAGGCCUUCAGAGACGCGAGCGGGCCGGACGCAGACAACACCGCGUUGAAGAGAAUGUAUGGGAAGUACCUGCGUUCCGAGAGCUUCCGGAAGGCCCUCAUCUACCAGAAGAAGUACCUGCUGCUGUUGCUGGGCGGCUUCCAGGAGUGCGAGGAGGCCACGCUGUCGCUGAUCUCCAGGAUGGGCGGCCGGCCGUCCGUCUGCAGCCUGGAGUCGCAGCGCCGCAGGGGCCUGACGCGCUUCCGCUCAGCCGUCAGGGUCUCCAUCGCCCUCUCCAGGAUGCGUUUCCUGGUCAAGCGUUGGCAGAAGGCCACAGGGAUGAGCUCUGCGUCUCCAGGCACAGUCAACAGAAACAGCCUCGCCCUGACACCAGGGAGCGAUGUGAGGGACUCCCCCUUCCUGCACCCUGGCAGUGUGGAGGUGUUUGCCGACAGACAGGGAGCGACCAGCAGAGGGCGCUCUGGCAGAGACUCCCCCAGAUCAGCCAUGUCCUCCACACAACACAGGUUCCACCUGGUGGGAGACCCCGGUCCUCUGAGCUGCUCCCACCUGCAGAGUUACGACCCGGACAGAGCGCUCACAGACUACAUCUCCAGACUGGAGGCCCUGCAGAGGAGGCUGGGGGGCGUGACGUCAGGAUCAUCUUCAUAUGCUCAAUUGCACUUUGGAAUGAGAAGGUAGAAGCCCAGACGCUUGAAGAUACUCAGUUGCCUUUACUCAUGCUGGGCGGUUUCGUACCAUGCUAUGUACAGCACCAUAUUUCGUGGGGACCAAAUACCAUUUUUUGUGUACAUCUUAUUAUCGGGCUUUUCGUCGCCGGCACUUGAAACAGCUUCUACAUUUGUAAUAUCGUUCUGCCUCUUUGUUGUGGAUGAGCUACAAUCAUGUUUAAUGUAUAUUUGUGGAAUGCUAAUUUAAAGAUAUAUACCCUUGAUUAAUUUAUACUGUGGAUGUUUUGUUUGUGUGGGUGGAAGAAUACUUAAGGAAUGUUUGGGUUUGUUGUUGAGGAGACUGCUACUGGAUAUAUACACUACACUGUGUUUACUAGGCCAGGUUCCUGGACAGGCGACAUUUGCAGAAAACAUAUUUUUGUAAAGGGUAGGAGCUUUGAAUUUUCUGGGUAUUUUGUCAAAAACUGAAAUAAAUAUGAUAAGAUUUGAAACUUG